AUGCCGAAAGAGAAGAAACCGAAAAAGCCCAAAAAGGCGGUCCCGGAGAUUCAGCCCGUGGAUGGGCUCAGUGCGGUGGAUAGACAGUUCUACGAGAUCACCAUCAACGAUUUGAACCAGAAGCUGGCCCGUCUGCGGACACACAAUGUCAAGAUUGAGGAGCGCAAUGAGGAGCUGGAGAGUCGGUUGAAGCAGAUCGAAGAGGACCGUGCCGAUGUGACGGCCUACCUGAACCGGAUGAUGACCGAAAAGCUGGCCGUUAUCGUCGAGCUAGAGGAUAAGCUGAGCGAGCUGUCGAAGGUGCGUGAUCAGGAGAAUGAAGAGUGCCGCAAACAGAUCAGCACGCUCGAUGGCAAAUAUAAGGCCAUGCACGAGCAGCUAACGUCCGAGAUUAAGCUGCUCACCGGGAAGCUCAACUCGAUGGAAGAGUUCCGGCUACAGCGUGACGAACUGAUGGCCAAGUUCGAUGCCCAAGACAGCGAGCUGAAGGAACAGAACAAGCGCCACAAGUCCACGCUGUACGAGAUGGAGCGCAAGGUGAUACUGGAUAAGGACCGGUUGCGGAAGGAUGUGGAAAACAAACUGCUACAACUGUCGACGGAGUUUACCAAAUCGUCGGAAAUCCGUGUGGCCGCACACACGCAGCGUCUGGUGCGAGAGAAUAUCGCGCUGAACAACGAAAUGGAUCGAAUGAUUUACACCCAGGAGCGGCUGCAGAAACAGUACACCGAGAUACGCAAACAGAACGCGGAGCUCCGGAAUCAGGCCGAUAUCGAUGUGGCCGAGAAGCAGCGCUUGAUGCAGACGUGCCAGGAGCGACUGGACACGAUCAAGAAGCUAACGGAUCAGUUCGAGACGAUCCUGCAGAAGAAUGCCGAACUGAAUGCCUAUCAGCUGAGGGCGGCGGAGCUGGAGAACGAGAACAAAACCACGCGCAAAGACUACAACCAUCUGCGGCAGAAGGUGCGCGUGCUGGAGCAGUACAUCCACUACAUCAACACGGAUCGGCAAACGCUGCGCAGCGAAUCGGAGCAUCACCGGAAGGAGUUUGAGCGGAUUGCGGAUGUUUUGAAAACGGUUCGCUUUACGGUGCGAUCGGCUUUCAAGGGCGAUGAGGAGGACUCCGAUCUACCGUACCAGGAGAUCAAACGGAAGCGGCUGAUUGCCGAUCUGCUCAACACACUGAACGAGCUGGAGAUGCAACCGAAGGUGGAUCAAUCGGUGGAAACGAUCGUCGCCUCGCUGACGGAGCUGUACGAUCAAGGUGAUCUCGGUGUGAUCCCGCGUGAAUCCAUCGACACGAUCCUGAGGAAAACGCAAGGAUACGACGAGGCCAACGAUUCACCCAUCAUCAGCACGAGCACCAAUGCGUCACCGGCGGUGGUGGACGAUGGCGAGAAGUCGAGCAACAUUACCCUUGCCGAUGAUGCCGACAGUCAGGCCGAUGCGGCCAUCAUCGAUGUGGUCAGCGGAUCACGGCUUGUAUUCCGCGAUUCCAAUGACUCACUGGAUGAUGACGAUCCGGCCGGCCAGGACCAGGAGGAGACGAGUGAUAAAGAAGAAGUGAUUGUCCAUGAAUCUGGCGCCGAGAAUUAUCACGAUGGGGAUGAAGAGGGGGAGGAAGAAGAAGAAGACGAAGAUGAUGGAGAGUUUGGGGACGAUGAGGCGAGUCUGCAACAGCAGCAGCAACACGAUAGGGAAAGCCGAGAGGAUGUGAUCGUUGACGCCCCAGAAUCGAUCGAAGACGAAACGAUCGAGUACGCUGGAUCAAAGAGUGAAUCCGAUUAA